AUGAUCUUGCUGGUGCUUUCCCUUCUACUGGCUGGUUUUACAAGGAUUACCUUUGGUGAUCCCGAGUUCCAGAACCGCAUCAUUGGAGGCUAUUAUGUGGACAUUGCAGAUGCACCCUAUCAGGCGGAAGUGAUUAUAGACGGCACUGCAAUAUGCAGUGGUGCCAUCAUAAAACCAAAAUUCAUCCUUACGGCGGCUUCUUGUGUUUCGGAAUACUAUAGUUCGGUUCAAGUGCGUGUGGACACCAAUUCCAGGGACUAUGAUGGCACUGGAACUUUGGUGGAUGUCUGCAAUAUCAUCAGUCAUCAAGGAUACAAUUACUGGCGCUUCGAUAACAAUCUGGCCCUGCUGAAGCUGUGCGAACCGCUGAAGACCUCGAAAACUGUGAAUCCCAUCGGCUUGUCUCAGGAACUACCGGAGGAUUAUUCCUGGUGUGUGGUUUCCGGCUGGGGAUCCACCAGUUGGUGGGGCAGCUGGUGGGACAGGUGCUUUGGCAGUCUUCCAGACUAUCUACAGAUGGUCUGGGUUAGCGUCUACAAUCGGGAGCAGUGCGCCGCGGACCGGGGAGUUUGGUUCGGUCUCUGGGAUAAUGGCAUCUCGUACCUGACCCUUUGCACCCAGUAUGGCGCCGGUGGAUGCUCCUACGACACAGGAGCUCCGCUGGUGAGAAAUGGAUACCUCGUGGGCAUUCUAUCCGAGGGCGGUUGCUCAAAGAAGCCCGAUGUCUACGCAAGUGUGAUUUGGUUCCUGAAUUGGAUAGAGGAUAAUACGGCCGACGAUGUUACCACACCUCCGUCUAAUAGUACAAGUGUUAGCACUCAAGUUCCUACUUCUAGCUCUAUUAUUUCUACUAGUGAUACACCUAGGACGACACCUUUACCUACAUCCAUUCCUGAAACUACUUCGAGUACAAAAAUAACUCCUAUUUCCACCGUUUCCAGUUCCACAAUUACUACUAAUACACCUACUACUACUUCUGCGCCUACGUCUGUUCCUGAAACCACUUCUGGUACUGAAAUAUCCUCUAGUACCACUAUUUCCAGUUCCACAGCUACUACUUCUGAGACUUCAAGUUCCACGGGAUCCGUUUCCACAGAUUUCUACUCCUUCACCUACUUCUUCUCCUAUAACUACCCCAAGUUCCACUGUAUCCAGCUCCACAGAAACUACACCAAGUACACCGAUAACUACUUCUACCCCUACUUCUACUCCUAA